AAACCCAUCAGAGCCACAGAGAGCAAAAGAGACUCCUGCCCUAGUGAGCCAGACUUCUGCUCCAUUCAUCUGCUCCCUCUACGUUACAACAGAGCUCUCUCAGCUGAGCUUCUACCACACGAGGAACACUUCUCAUCACUACUGGCAAGACUUGACAAUCAGACAGACCAGAGGCAGAGAACACUUGGAGGAGAGAGAGAGAGAGAGAGAGAGAGAGAGAGGACAUGAAGUGCCUGAACGUGAGCGUGUGAAAUCGUGAGGGAGAAAGGGUGGAGCAACAGACCCUGGGGGAAGGGUAGGAGGAGACUGGUUUGAGAGGGGCUCAGGCAGUAUGAGUUUCUCAGCCUCUCAUUUGUUUCUGUCAAAACUUUUUUUUACAACAAUUUUGUGUAAAAGUAUUUUCUUCAAGCUGUGGUGAGUAAAAACGAUGGGAAGAAAAGACAAUUCCUCUGACUGAAGUGCAUUUAUGCUAAAGGAGUUGAAGAAAACAAUCUUUUAAUUUGUAAGAGUGACUGGACUAGUGAUUGACUAGAGCACAGGACCACACUGUUUUUUAAGCUCUCUUUUCCUGCUGGCUCUAAGCCCAUUAUGUUUCCUCUUUCUCUCUCCCGGCGAUGAGUCAUACCAAUGGAUUAUGAGUUAGAUUACAAAUGAGAUUGGAUUAUGGGAUGUCUUAAUGUGGAAGCUAUUAUACUGGUAAGAAGAUCUUUUUUUUACCACAUGGCAACAUUGAUGUGAUGCCUGCUGAUAACCACUGUUAGCUGAGUGGUCCACGUGACCCCUAAGCAAUCAGCAAAUGGACUGACAAAACAUUUUAACCAUCAUAAUAUAUAUAUAUAAAUCUAAAAUAUAGAUUUAUAUAAAUCUAAAUAUAGAACUCUUCACAUUUGUGAUGGAGUAAAGAUCUAUUUACACAUUAAUAAUAAAAAAAAACAUUUUGACCACCAUGUUUUUUCAAAGCCGGCUAGUCCUUUGCGUGUCAUAGGUGUUCCUUCCUUCAGACCACAUUAAGUGUAGACAAGCCCUCACAAGAGGGUUGGUACCCUCUAUAAUUGAGGUAAAUUACUUCUCUACAGACCAAUACGGAGAUCUACAGUCAUAUUACAUGCUCAGUCCUAAGAGACACCGCAAGCAUAGGAGGAUAGGCGGGCUUAUUUGGAGUCAACCAGUGGGACCAGAGACAAACUGUUAGUCCCCAGAACAUGGCGACAGGAAGUGCUGGCCCGCCGUCCGGACGAGGCCUGAGGCGCGAGGUCUCCGAGUCGACCCCGACGCAGCCGCCCACCAGCUCAGAGCGCAAGCAGCUGGAGAAGGUCCUGAAGAGGCUGGACAAGCUCCACCGGCUCAGCGUGGACUCGCGCAUGGCCCUGCGCAACAGCCCGCCCUACCUGCCCGACCUGGUGACCGAGACGGCCACGCUGCUGACGGACAUGUGGGCGCCCUACAGGGGCCCCGUGGUGGCCAUCCCGAGGGCCGACGAAGGGGAGUACCUGCGCGUCCAUGUCAAGCAUCUGCUGUAUAAGACGGACCGAGCCAUCCUGCUGUUCAAAGAGGGCCGAGACAAGAUGUUCGAGGAGACCUCCAGCUGCAGGAGGAACCUGACAAAGCUUUCACUGCUGCUCAGCCAUAUGCUGUGUGAACUGCGGGCCUUGUUUCCAGAGGGAAAGUUUCAAGGUGACACAUACCGACUGACCAAAUCAGAGGCUGGGAAUUUCUGGAGGAGAGCCUUUGGAAAUAAAUGCAUUGUGCAGUGGAGAACCUUUAAGGAACACCUGAGGAGAGUCCAUGGCUUUGAGGAGGGUAUGGAGGCCAUGGCUCUCAAGUCUACAGUGGACCUCAACUGUAAUGAUCACGUUUCCAUCUUUGAGUUUGACAUCUUUACCAGGCUCUUUCAGCCCUGGGUCACUCUGUUAAGAAACUGGAAUCAGCUGGCCGUCACACACCCUGGUUACAUGGCCUUCUUGACCUACGACCAGGUCAGAGCACGCCUGGACCACUACCGACAUCGCCCCGGGAGCUACAUCUUCCGCCUGAGCUGCACUCGGAUGGGGCAGUGGGCCAUUGGGCAUGUAGCCAUGGAUGGGACCAUCGUGCAGACUAUCCCCCAGAACACGCCCCUGUACCAGGCUCUUUUGCAGGGCUUCAGAGAGGGCUGCUACCUGUAUCCUGAUGGGCGUGAUGUGAACCCUGACCUUUCGGCGCUGUGUGAACCUGCACAGAGGGGAAAAGUCAAAGUCACAGAGGAGCAGUAUGAGCUCUACUGUGAGAUCGGCAGCACUUUCCAGCUGUGUAAGAUCUGCGCGGAGAGGGACAAAGACACACGCAUUCAACCCUGUGGCCACUUGCUGUGCCAGCCCUGCCUUAACGGGUGGCAGAAGUCAGAUGGGCACACCUGUCCAUACUGCCGCUGUGACAUCCGAGGGACCGAGUCUGUCCUCAUCGAGCCUUACCUGCCCGGCCAAGGCAGCGGGUUCGUCACGUGCGAGCCAGAGGAUGAGGAUGAGGAUGACCACGAGGAUGUGGAGCAAGUGAUGAAGAAGCUGGCCUCCAUGAAAAAGAAGGCAUCAUCGGAGGACUAUCAGACCCCUAGUAGACCAGUGGACUCCAGUCUCAUGCCGCCUCCGCUGCCCCCAAAACUUGCCGCCACGUCUCCAUGCCCCUCCCCACGACUCCCACCUCGGUCCCCAAUGGCAGAAGCACGUGCCAAUCAUUCACACAACAGACUGCAGAGCAACGAUAAGAGCAGGAAGUCAUCAGCAAUGAAAGUCCAACAGGAAGAGCCCUGCAGAGGAGGAUGGGAGGAUUCUGGGAGCUCUCCUGCCCCAUACACCCGUUCACCCUCCCACAAUGAAGACUCAAACUCUGAAUCAAGCAGGCCAUCCUCCUCCCAGUCUGGCAAAAGCAAUGAUGUGCCCUGGUCAGGGUCUGCAUCCUCAUCCUCAGGGAGAAAGAAGAGGGACAAAGUGCGGGGAAUGACGGAGGACAGAAGUGAGAGGGAGGGUAGAUUGAGUGAAGCACUCGGGACUCAUACGGUUAGACAGAAACACAUGUCCUCCUGACAAUCAUUUUAACAACAUCGUGGAGGAGCUACAGUACUUCCUACUAGAAGGGACCAUAGACUGAAAGACAAGCAACAAUUACUAUCACAUGACUAAAGAUUACACAUAUAUUAACGAUAAUAUGUGUAUAUGAAUGUCUACUAUGAAUAUAUUUGACCUGUUCAGACUGACUAAAUUCUAAACAUAUAAUGUAAACAUAUAAAAUGUAAAUGACCGAACUAAUGUUGCCUGGAAAUAGUUAAAUCCUUGUUUUGUAUAGAACAUUAUGGUUCUGAAACUGAUUUAACUUUUGUUUUGGAGGAACGUGAUUCAAGUGAUAUAGAUAUCUGACAUGUUUUGAGCCAAGACACUACCUCAUAUUAUCAGAAGCACAAGCAAAGGUUUCAGAAACGAAUGAAAGCAGCGAAAAUUACAGACAUAAUUCAAAAAGCAAACAUGCCAUGCUUCGGUAUUUCAACAUCUGACAAAAUACUUGCUCACUUGAAUGGACAUUCACCUAAUUCUUAAAAAACACUGUGUGCCUGAGGCCUGUUUUUCUACAGAGUGUGAAUCAUAAACAAACAAUAUGUUUUCUUGUUAAUGCUAUUACCCUUGCAGCUUUAAAGUCAGUGAUAUUAGGCAAUGUAUCCUUUUGCCUCUGUCUGAGAUACUGAAAGUGGGAGAGGGCAAAGUGGUUCACUAUGACGUCAAGAUUGCAGACAGUGUCACUUCUCCCCCUGGUGGUGAGGGAGAGGGACUAAAACAUAUUCUAAUAACUCAGUGCCCAUGGAGAUCACACGCAUGUUAACAUCUAGGUUAAAAAGUACAACUUUAUACAUCACUACAAAACACAUCUGUACGAUUACCAUUCAGUUAAAGUUCACAAAACAGGGUAAAGUUUGUUUCUAUGUGCCCUACUGUAGAUCAAAAAUUUAAAUCAUUCUGAAGAUAAUAAGUGUUAGAGGUUUGUGAUCUUGAAAAGCAUAUUUAUCUGAAAGUAAUUGUGAAAUAUAUUACCAACUUUUUUCUUAUUCUAUUGUUUUAUGUCAUACAUAUUUCCCUUUUUAUGGUUUUGACAUGAAAAAGAAAAAAUAAAUAUAUAUAAAGGGUUUUUAGGAAACUUUUAAAAUGCUGUUCUGUAACUCCGUCACCAUAACUCUGUUACCAUGAAAAUCAGUUUUUCUCCUCCCUCAUGGCAUUAAGCCUAAAAAUUAAAAUAAUUUCCAAAAGAAAGCGUCUUGGUAGGACACUUGAUUUAGUAUAUUUUAUUUGAAAAUGGUCAUGCAAGUAUAGAAAAUAUUCUCAAGUUAAAAUGUUAAAGUUGUCUUCGGCUGAGAUGUUCUGAACAGCACCAAAUGUGUAUGGUCACGCUGAAACCAUGGGGGCCAUGAAAUAAAUUAAUUUGUACGUGUACAUCUAGUGACUGUGCGCCAUCGGCUUGUAGAUGGUGGUGUUGAGUGAAGGGUUGCCGGUAGGGGACACUCACACAGUAGGGGACACACACACAGGCACCCCCCACACACACACACACACAAACCCCAUUACCCACAUACUGUACACCAUACCUCUCACACAGACACACACAUAACCCCUAUUCAUAAACUAGCACAAAACAUACCCCAAACACAAUAUAUUACCCCCCCACAC